AUGGCGGCGAGACCGAAACCACCAGUGGUUCAACCUGGAGUUAGUUCAAUUAUCGUAAAUCCAGUACAACGAGGAAAUCCUCUGCUCUCAAAUAUAAGACAUGUCGCUUAUCAAUUCGCGGAAAUUGUUCCCGAUUUCCAGGUGGGAAGCACGACCUGCGUUCUCUUUCUCAG